AUGGGAGUGGUCGAGAAGUAUGUUGCCGGCACCUACGGCGUAGCUGCUCUCCAUACCGACGAAGUCGGCAAACCCUGGUUACUCGGAGAGAGCCCCAACUCGGUCUAG